GCCGUUUAUUCGCGUAUACAGGGUGUUUGAUGCGUGUGUAUGUUUCUGUUUUGUAGAUCGUUCUUAUAUGAGAUUAACAGAAAAGGAAGAUGAAACAUUGCCCAUAGAUAUAGUUCUUCAAACUCUGUUAGCCUUUGCAGUUACCUGCUAUGGGAUAGUACAUAUCGCAGGAGAAUUUAAAGACAUGGAUGCCACUUCAGAACUAAAAAAUAAGACAUUUGACACAUUAAGGAACCAUCCGUCUUUUUAUGUAUUUAACCAUCGUGGUAGAGUAUUGUUCCAGUCCCCAGACACAGUGAAUUCUUCUUCAAACCAAGAUGCUUUGUCAUCCAGCUCAUCACUGAAAUUUCGAAAACUUGAACCUCUGCGCCGCUAAGACUUUUACAGAUUAUAAUAAUAAUCCAGGACACUGAGAUGUAAUAUUCAAGUCGGGGAUGUAAACACUUUUUUAAUUUCUGGAGCAGUAUUUAUAUUGAUCUUCCAGACUUUAUAAAGUAUAUAUAUAUAAACUAAGGACCUACUUUGUACACUGUUAAUGAAAAUGACUGAAUUGUGAAUUGGCAAUGCAGUGUAAAUUAUUCUACAGUUAUGCUGUGAAACACAUCUUCAAAAUUUCAGAUAUUAAACCAAGUUGCAGGUGACUUAACUUCAGUUAAAACAAAAAGCAAGCUAGUUUUUACUGCAAUUAAUGUUCUUUGACAAGAGAGAAUGUUCGAGUGCUAUUUAUUUUCUGUUUGCUUGCACUACAGUUUAUGGAACUCCUUCAGAAAUACUGUGUGCACUGCAUCACUUAACAGCAGAAAAAGGGGCAGUGUCUCCUCUUCCUAGAAUGCCUAGGAGACCUGCAUGGUGUAGGCACGGAAAGUCAAAAGAUUGCUUUCAUUUUUAUUUUUUUACAAUGCUGAAAAAUAGUCAUGUGAAGGAUUUGGGUUUUUUCCUAGUUUUUCAUUAUCACGUUAUUUUCUUGUUGCCCUCCUUCAUUUAAAUGCAAACUGUCCCAUGUUGCCCCACGUUGCCUGGGCUGUGGCUGUACAGUCGGUGCCUGUGUGGGGGAGGCAGCUCAUGUCUGAUCACGUAGAUAAUUUACCACGCUCAGCUCGUUUACCCACUGUAUUUAUGUUCUCUUUGGUUGUGAAUAUGGGAAUGUUCAUCAGAUGGCUGAAUGUGGUAUUGGCACCAGAUACAAGUUCCCUAGUCAUAUUCUAUGAAAAGUAUUUAAGUAUCAGUAAGAAAUACCCAUCCUGUCAGUGGUCCAGCGGCCGGGUUUGUUUGCUGGCACUAGCACAGUACAGGUAAUCAGCUGGUCACGGUACAGCUAUCCCCUUUUCCGCCAACAGCCUCUCAAUUUGAUCUCUUUUUUCCAGCUGAGCCCUUUGUUGAUUUAAGAUUACUGUCUUGAUUUCAUGUAUUAGGACAGAUGAUACAGUCCUUAACUCUUCCCAACAUCUAAAUUCUCAUCUGCCCUUAGGGGCUGAAUCAGUGCUAAAAUUUGUCUUGGUCUGGCAUUUCACCUACCUGAUAUAGCAGAGGGAUGGUAGUUUGAGAUACUGAUGGGGCCAACUAGAAUUUUGCCUAGUCCGAGGAUGUCUCACGCAGCCUUUUGUCCUAGCAUCUGUUUGGUUUUUUUUUUUAAACUGUUAAGAACUGUCAAAGGCAAGAAGCUUAGCAAAAAUACUGUGUAAAUCGAAGCCUCUUUUUCUAGCUCUGCCCAUCCUAUGGAGUGGGUGCCCCAGUGCUAGAGCAAUAUCUGUAGCUGCUGCUCUACAAUCACUCAAGCAUCUGGGUUUGGUUAGAAAGGGUUACUCUGCCAGCUGAGAGCAUCUGAGCUGCCAGAUUACUCCUAAAGUGUCCUGGUUCCCCCCUAGCUGGUAUCACAAAUCAGCUCCUGCCAGCUGCUGUCACCGAAGGCUGUAAAAAUAGUAAGUAUCAGGUCAGCUCUCCAUUGCGGACAGAGCUCUUCCCUUGGGGAAGAGGGCUGCUGUGCAGCAGCCGCUGCAUGGAGGAGAGGGUUGAACACUGGCCAGGUGACCUUGCGAGGCACAGAGGAGAGAACUAGCAAAGGGAGGGAGGAGCAAGGCAGGAGGUCAGUAACCACUGUACCAGACAUACUGCAACUGUGGUUGGCAGCUAGCCACUCGCAGAGGGUCUCUUAGAGCAGGGCUGCUCACCCCUCAUGUCUAAGAAGCCCCAUUUGUGUUACCAUAAGGCUACGUGGACCUGCCCGAGGCAGAGGUGCUGCUGUGGGAUGGGGUGAGCAGAGAACAUCGUCUGCUGCUCAGAGCGGGUCCUGCUACAACACACUGUUGGCUGCAUCAGGUCUCGUGACAAGUAGCCUUACUCCUCAGCAGCAAUGGUUAUAUCACAAAGCUGUACAAAUUAUUUUUUCUUAUUGAUCUUGCAAUGUCCAAUAAAAAUUGAUAUCCUUAAAA